AUGGCUGAAAGAGCUGAGGAUAACGACGAACCAAAAAAAUUUUAUUGUAGACAAAGAAUAGUUUUAGCCGUAAUGGGAUUUAAUUGCAUAAUGACUGCAUAUAUAUUGCGCCAAUGCUUAGGUGUUACUCUAACAAAAAUGAAUGAUAAAGAAGAUCUUUUCAAUUGGAAUGAAUUUCAGCAAGGAAAUAUUUUGUCAGCAUUUUUUUUCGGUUAUGUAAUAACUCAUCUGCCAGGUGCAAUAUUGUGUGAAAAAUUUGGUGGUAAAAUAAUUUUAAUAAUAGCUAUGCUUGUAUGUUCAAUAUCAAGUAUUAUAACACCACUGGUUACAUUAUAUGGUGGAUAUAUUGCAUUGUGUGCAACACGUGUAAUACAAGGAUUGGGACAAGGAGUAGUGUACCCGGGUUUAUCAUUUUUGUUAUCAAAAUGGAUACCUAAAAAAGAAAGAGGUCGUUAUGGAGCUUUUGUUUAUGGUGGUGGUCAAUUUGGUUCAAUAUUCGCUAAUAUUGCAUGCGGUUUUAUAUUAAAUUACAUGUCAUGGCAAUCAUCAUUUUAUUUUUCCGGCAUCUUGAGCAUAAUAUGGGUUGUUAUGUUUUUCUUUCUCUGUUCGAAUGAUCCGAAUUCACAUCCAUAUAUUAAUAAAAUUGAAAAAGAUUAUUUAUUGGCUGAAAUGGGCACACUGGAAAUGAAUAAAAAUUUACCAACAACACCAUGGAAAUAUAUAUUUCAAAGUUUACCUGUAUGGUCUUUGAUUAUUGGUCAAAUGGGAUAUGAUUGGGGUUUUUAUAUAAUGGCAACCGAUUUACCAAAAUAUUUUAGUGAUGUUUUAAAUUUAUCAAUAGUUGAUAAUGGAAUAUAUAAUGCACUUCCAUUUUUACUUAUGUGGAUUGUAUCAAUAUUUGCUGGAAUAUUAGCUGAUAUUAUGUUUAUAAAAAAUAUUAUGAAUUUGACGAAUAUACGGAAAUUUUUUACAAUUAUUAGUUUUAUGAUACCCUGCUUUUUUAUGGUUGCAGCCGGAUAUGCAACAAAUAAAUAUAUAAUUGUAAUAUAUUUUACAAUUUGUUUAGGAAUAAUGGGAUCAUAUUAUGGUGGUAUUAAAUUAAAUUCUUUGGAUUUUUCACCAAAUUAUGCUCCAACAUUAAUGGCUUUAGCAAAUGGUUUUGGUGCUAUUAUGGGAUUUGUAGUACCAAAUAUUAUUGGAGUUAUAGUAAAAAAUGCGACACGUGAAGAAUGGCAAAUUGUUUUUUGGCUAACAAUGGCUGUUCGAGGUUUUUGUAGUAUCAUAUAUGGAAUUUGGGGUUCUGGAGAAAUACAGCCUUGGAAUGAACCAGAUAAUAUGCAAAACUAUUUGGAGCAAAAGCAAAUGGAAAAACAAAAGAAGAGGUUAAUUGUCAAUGUGAACAUUUUUCAAUAUGACUCAUAA